CCCCAUUUUCCUGAGGUGGUGAUUUCAUGGGAAUCCAAUUCUCACCGUCUAUUCAAAUCGCCAGUCCGCAUGUGAUGUGUAAAAGCACCUCCUCUUCACCCCCAUUUUCUCUUUCUCUAUUUCCCCAAACACGCUGUAACAUUUUCUCUCCCCAUCUUCAUUUUCCAAUCCUUUCUCGUGAUUUCGAAUUCCAGAAAAUAUGUUUAAUUGUUGUCCCUGACGCAGUUGUUUUUCCUCAUAUGAUUAAAGCGUAAUUCUCGGAGAUUCCAAACCAGCCAGAUUGCCAGUGAUGGAAUCUUCUUUUUUUCAAAAAUAAUGCAUGAAAAUCUGGAGAGAAAGUGACUGGACAGAGAAAGAUAGCUUUUUUAUUUGUUUUUAACCCCUUUUCUUCACAAAUCUAAAUCUGGGGUUUUCUGGGUCUUCACUUGAGAAUGGGAGUGGUUUCUAUAAGUAUCAAUCUGGCUUUUUUUUUUUCUUGAGUAUUGUAUUGCUUGAAAAGAGAGAGAGAGAAUGGGGCGGGAUCAUAUAUAAUAAUGAAGUCAUAUACAGUAAAGGAUUAAAAUGAAUAAUAUAUGGGCGCCUGAUUUGGUCGUUUCUGGACACAGAAAGAUUCUCAUCUAUCCCUACGUUUACUGGAUGUAAAACCCAUUUUGUCAACGUCAAUAAAUGCAAAAGGAAGCCACCAAAAGGGCUUUGUCUUUUCCGUUUUAUUUUCCUUUUUUCCUUUUUUCCUUAUUUUACCUUCAGGGGCGAGUCCUUUAUAAGAAAUGAAAAUCUCAUGCCAAUCUAUUACUGUGGGGUUGUUGAGCAUGCUUUGUCUCUGAUUGGUGUGCUGCCGCCAUACCUUUUAUCUUUAGUGUGCUUUAUCAAUUUUUGCUAAGUUUCAAAGAUUUUGGGAGUUUGGGGCAUUUGUGGUAGGCGGGUGAGGCAUUUGGGCGUGCGUUCUGUGGCCUGUUUGGUGAAGGGCAAGAUGAGUUCCUAUGGGAUGCUUGCUAGGAGGGUUGUGGAGACAGAGACACCAGUGAUGGUUCAGAUACAGGAAUUGAUCAGAGGUGCUGGGGAUGCUAUGUCACUGGCUCAGGGGGUAGUUUAUUGGCAACCACCCAAGCAAGCAUUGGAGAAAGUAAAGGACCUUGUAUGGGAACCUUCAGUCAGUCGUUAUGGUGCUGAUGAUGGUCUUCCUGAGCUCAGGGAGGCAUUGGUAGAAAAGCUGCGUCAGGAAAAUAAGUUAUAUAAAUCUUCAGUGAUGGUUACUGCAGGAGCAAAUCAGGCAUUUGUGAAUCUCGUUCUUACAUUAUGUGAUGCUGGAGAUUUGGUUGUUAUGUUUGCACCAUACUACUUCAAUGCAUACAUGUCCUUCCAGAUGACAGGUGUUACUAACAUAUUGGUGGGUCCUUCUAAUCCGAAGACUCUUCAUCCAGAUGCAGAUUGGUUGGAAAAAAUAUUGUUGGAAACUAAACCAGCACCAAAGGUUGUAACUGUUGUGAAUCCUGGUAACCCAUCUGGGACCUACAUUCCAGAGCCUCUGCUUAAGAGGUUUGCAGAUCUCUGCAGAAAUGCUGGAUCUUGGCUUGUUGUAGAUAAUACAUAUGAGUACUUUAUGUAUGAUGGUCUUAAGCACACAUGUGUAGAGGGUGAUCACAUAGUGAACAUUUUUUCCUUCUCAAAAGCCUAUGGGAUGAUGGGAUGGCGAGUUGGUUAUAUAGCAUACCCCUCAAAUGUGGAGGGCCUUGGCGCACAACUCCUCAAAGUCCAAGACAACAUACCCAUCUGUGCUUCAAUAUUCUCACAGCACCUGGCCCUAUAUUCACUAGAAAUGGGACCUGAGUGGGUGACUAAACAAGUGAAAAGCCUUGUCAUUAACAGAUCUCUCAUAAUGGAUGCACUCUCCCCACUGGGAAAAGAUUCUGUGAAAGGUGGAGAAGGUGCUAUUUACCUGUUUGCAAAACUUCCAGACAAAUAUCAUGAUGACUUUGAGGUGGUUCGCUGGCUUGCACGGAAGCAUAGGGUGGUUGUGAUCCCAGGAAGCGCUUGCGGAACUCCAGGGAGUCUGAGGGUCUCUUUUGGGGGGUUGAGGGAGGAUGAGACCCAAAUCGCUGCAGGAAGGCUGAAGAAAGGAAUUGAGGAACUGGUGAGGGAUGGGAUGUUGCAGUAACCUCUUAACAUUCUAUUCAAUAUUGAAACUGGGAGCCCUUUGGCCGGUUUUUGCAAGUUCAAAACUGGUGCAAGUUCUGUCCCAAAAUAAUUGGAGGAUUCAUGCCUGUUAAGUCCUCUGAAAUCACAACAUUUAUUUCAGUUACAUAUAUCAGGAAUACCCUCUUAACAUCUGCAUGUAUUACCACUAUACUACAGUGAUUUUUAUGCAUAACCACUUUUCAUGGUUCA